AUGGCGAAAAAGGCGUUGGCCAAGGAUCAGAUCGUGAAGCUCAUCGUGGGCGCUGGUCAAGCCAGUCCCAGUCCUCCAGUCGGUCCAGCCCUGGGUAGUAAGGGUGUCAAGAGUAUGGACUUCUGCAAGGAGUUCAACGCCCGCACCGCGCAUAUCAACACUGGCGUCCCAGUUCCCGCUCGCGUCACCGUCCGCCCUGAUCGUUCGUUCCACUUCGACCUCCGCACCCCGACAACGACAUGGCUCUUGUUGAAUGCUGCGAACGUGGAGCCUCGUAAGAAUCGCCUCCGUGGCGCGAUGAACCCCGGACACGAGAUUGUCGGCAAGGUGUCUCUCAAGCAUGUCUACGAAAUCGCCAAAAUCAAGCAGACCGAAACGAGAUUAUCGGGGUUGAGCUUGCAGGGACUAUGCAAGAGUGUCAUUGCGCAGGCCAAGUCCAUUGGGAUCCAGGUGGUCCCAUGA